AUGCCAACAAUACUUUCUAUCCCUCCACGACAUCCUGCUCGAUUGCUGGGCACCAAAUUUGACGACGUUGCUACGCAAGCGACCAAUUUGGCCAGCGAGCAGCUGGACCUGUGGGAGCACGCUACCGUUCUAUACCAUGGCUUCGAUUGGCAAACAUCUGCUGAAACGUUCCUCUACCUAUCAAGAACCAUCAGCCGCAAUCUCGAAAGCACGUUAUGUUUGCUGAACUCGGCAAUGGUGUUUGCACGGCUUGGCGACUAUGCAACCGCGUCUCAGAUCUUGGAUGAGGCUGAACCAAACGAGCGGACUCUUGCCUUCACGAUGUUCCUCAUGGGGCACGUCGAAUUCGAGCUUGGCAAUUUCGAGAAAGCCCAUGACAGCCUCAAAGUCGCCCUCCACAGUCUGAAUGGCUCCAGCCAACGCCUCUACGAUCUUGGUCUCGAAUACGUUCUUCGAGCUCCGCACAUCCAGCAGAGCCUCCGCGUCUUCGAAUCGAAGAAUGAGCUCGUGGGUAUGCUGGGUUCGUUGGGAGCCUUGCCUGCAGAUGCGGUCUUCGAGGCGCCGCCGAGGGACGGGGCUCCUACGGUCGCUGCCUCUCGACCGUCGACAGUCAAUUCAAGAAACUCCAUGGACAGUGGCGAAAUGCCAACGCUGACGGACGACGGCAGUGCCUCAGAGCUAGGAUCGCCCAUCGAAAGCGUCCGAUCAUUAGAGUAUGCCAGUGACGGCAUGCAAUGGCAUGGACUGCCUGAUGAUUCUGAUGUUCAAGUUACUCCACCUACGAGGACAACCAGCAAAGCCAAAGGCAAGGAGCCGGCCACCCUACUUGACCAUUCGACGGCAGACAACACCACUGAAGCCAGGUCUUCACCAUUCGCCAAGGUCUUGCCUGGUCUGCCAAAGACACACAGGUCGACGUAUGAGCCACGUGAGGCCAGAGUGCAGGGCGACUCCGUACGCGGCCUUGCCGACUUCAUACGCACCCUUCCUUCUCAGAACAAGACCCUACAACCCAAGGAGGCCAAAGUCCAAGAUGACGACAACAUACUAUCACUCGCUGACUUCUUGCGUAAUUCGGGUCCUGGUGAAGCGAGUGCGCAGCCCACACGGGAUGAUGCCUCAGAUGGCUCGGUCUACUCGAAUGAUUCCAACGCCGAUAGCAUCGAUUCUGACGCGCUUCGCAAGAUGGUCGAACAACAUGACUCCUCGCUAAAACCUAGAGGCGUCGAGCCUCCACCGCCUCGCCACCCAUAUCGAAGUGGCGUCGGCUCAAUGCUUCUCCAUGAAAGCCAACGUCGCACGGCCAACGGGGAAACGAACGAGCCCUUCGAAGCAACACCAUUGAGCAGCGAUGCACUGCACGAUCUCCUUGGUGACGACCACACCUCUAUGGACUGGCCGCUCACAGACACAGCGUCUCGGUCCCUACGCGAGUCUUUCGCCAGUGCAGUCAGCUCUCGCACAGAGCUCCCGCUGUCGAGAACAAUGAAUCGCGCCGACAUGCCAGAGCCACUGCGAAUUAGGGACGACUCACGCCCAGCAGUAAACCCAACAAUACCCGCCCGACGGUCCUCGCUCUUCCGUCGACAGCCGAGCUCCCAAGCUGCGAGGCCGUCGUCGACGGUUUCUUCUUCUCGUUUUUUUAGUCAUGUUGCGAAUUUGAAAUGA